GCGUUAGCCAGACCUGAAUCCUACGAUUGUGGCGUUCUUGCAAGAAAAAUAUGCAAUCACGACUCGGCGCAAAAGGUACCUGGCGGGCGCCAAGGAAAAGGUUGGAAGGAGAGACUGCGGCAAUAAAAAUUAUGAGAGGGUGUUCUGGGAAGACAAGAACCCCACUCAGGAUGUGGGGAAUAACAAUAGUAGGCGCCCGCCAAGUACGGCAGCACAUACCCGAGUAAGACCAGCCCUCGCACAAGAAGCACAUCGAUGUGUGUGUGUGUCCCCUCUCCCCUCGUGUCUGAAGUGCACGCCGCGGAGAAAAAAAGAGAAUGCAGCAGGCGGCUAGACGCUGUGGCGCCGAAGCCGAGUGUGGCCUCGGCCGGUCAGGGGCGCGAGCUUGGCAGGCCAGAGCGGGCAGAAAAAACGUGCUGCCGCGCCGGCAGGCGCGUGGAGGCCCUGCCCUCGUGGGCGGAGUGCGAGCCUGCCCUCUCUCGGCAGCGAACACAUCACCCGACAGCGUGCCAUGGGACGUAUGACAGCAGAGGAGGAAGUAAGGAGUGUGUGCAAUUCUUGGGCUGCUACUCCGAAUGUGCCAACAAAAAAAAAGGCGCUGCUGUAGCUGAAGACAAAAGGCUGGCCUGAGUAGGCUGGCCUGUCGGGGUACUGGCGUGCACGCGUGCGAGUAUCGUCGCAGGUACCCUCGUCUGUGAAGACGGUGAUGUAAUGCAGGCAAAGCUAGCCAGUGUAAACAGGCCUGUCAAAAUACUGGCGUGCAUGUACGCGAGUCAUCGGAGGUUGGGGGGCGCGAGAUCUAAAUACAUCAGAAUAAUCACCUGCAGCCCAGGGCAUAUGCCUCAACUCGUCGGCAAUCGAACCUUCAUUACGGCCACUGCAUGACGCGACGCCAGCGCGGAGGCGCGCCAGCCUCGGCGCGACGCGAAAAGCGAACUGAUCUACGGCCGGGAGACCGAGAGCGAACCCUCGAGGCCGAAGCUAAGGCUACAGCUACGGUCUCCGCGAAAGCGCGGCGCUCACUCGAAGCCCCAUCCAUGACCGCGCAUCUGCACGAUACCGGCAAUCUGAUCGAUAGGAGACGGCGAGUGUGCAACGUCAGAACGAGUGAACCACGUCACCUGCACCACCCCGACACCAGCCAGCGCGUCCCGCAUCCGAUCCACGGUGCUUGCAGUGCGAACGUCGAAGGCGCCGGACGGUGCCACCGGCAGACGCUUCCCAAUGCUCUUGUACAAGUCGGCCAGUAGAUGCUUCCGGAGCAUGUUGGACAUGUCCCGCCUCUUGGGGACGACAGUGUCGCAGAACUCCACGCGCAGGCUAGCGACGGCAGCACGCUGCGUCAUGCUCCCUGCCGUGCACGCGUGCGCAGCCAAGCUCAGACGCAACGAGCAGUCUGGAGCGACCCCUCGAAUUCGGCCUUCCCGAAAGUGCCUCGAACCGAAGCGGCU